CCCGGGCAGGAGGAUGCGCCGCUCGCCGAGCCCCGCGCCCGCGCUGCUGGCCGCCAGCCUGGUGCUGAGCGCGCUGCUGCCGGGCGCCCCCGCGGAGCCCCGCUUCAGCCCCGAGGCCUGGCUGCAGCAGUAUGGGUACCUCCCCCCCGGCGACUUGCGGACCCACACCCAGCGCUCACCCCAGUCGCUCUCAGCCGCCAUCAGCGCCAUGCAGAGCUUCUACGGUCUGCGGGUCACUGGGACCGCUGACGCCAACACCAUGAAGGCUAUGCAGCGGCCCCGCUGCGGCGUCCCAGAUAAGUUCGGGGCCGAGAUCAAGGCCAAUGUGCGGCGCCGGCGCUACGCCAUCCAGGGCCUGAAAUGGCAGCACAACGAGAUUACGUUCUGCAUCCAGAACUAUACCCCCAAGGUGGGCGAAGCGGCCACGUUGGAGGCCAUCCGCCGGGCCUUUGGGGUGUGGGGGGCGGCCACGCCGCUGCGCUUCCGGGAGGUGCCCUACACCCACGUGCGCCAGGGCCGGGCGCCCCAGGCCGACAUCAUGAUCUUCUUCGCCGAGGGCUUCCACGGCGACAGCUCCCCCUUCGACGGGGAGGGGGGCUUCCUGGCCCACGCCUACUUCCCCGGCCCCCACAUCGGCGGCGACACCCACUUCGACUUGGCCGAGCCCUGGACCGUCCGCAACGAUGACCUGAAUGGGAACGACAUCUUCCUGGUGGCCGUGCACGAGCUGGGCCACGCGCUGGGGCUGGAGCAUUCGAACGACCCCUCGGCCAUCAUGGCUCCCUUCUACCAGUGGAUGGACACCGAGAACUUUGUGCUGCCGGACGAUGACCUGCGUGGCAUCCAGCAGCUCUACGGGAGCCAGUCGGGGGUCCCCAGCAAGGCCCCCCCGGUGCCCCGCACCACGGCCAGGCCUCAUGUGCCUGACGAACCCAGCAACCCCCCCUAUGGCCCCAACAUCUGCGACGGCAACUUUGACACCAUCGCUGUCCUGCGUGGGGAGAUGUUCGUCUUCAAGGAGCGCUGGUUCUGGCGGGUCCGGAAUAACCGGGUCAUGGACGGGUAUCCGCUCCCCAUUGGCCAGUUCUGGGUCGGGCUCCCGGCAUCGAUCAGCACGGCCUAUGAGAGAAAAGAUGGGAAAUUUGUCUUCUUCAAAGGUGACAAGCACUGGGUGUUCGAUGAAGCCAUCCUGCAGCCUGGGUACCCCAAACCUCUGCGGGAGCUGGGCCGGGGGCUCCCCACUGAUCGCAUCGACGCUGCCCUCUUCUGGAUGCCCAGCGGGAAAACCUACUUCUUCCGGGGCAACAAAUAUUACCGUUUCAAUGAGGAGAGCCGCUCGGUGGAUGCCGAGUACCCCAAGAACGUCGCCGUCUGGGAGGGGAUUCCUGAGUCACCUCGCGGGGCCUUCAUGGGCAGCGACGAAGCCUUCACCUAUUUCUACAAGGGCGGCCGCUACUGGAAGUUCAACAACCAGCAGCUGCGGGUGGAGCCGGGCUACCCCAAGUCGGCGCUGCGGGACUGGCUGGGCUGCAGGGGCGGCCGGCGCCAGGACGACGAGCGGGAGGAGACCGAGGUCAUCGUCAUCGAGGUGGACGAGGCGGGGGGCGGGGCGGUGAACAUGGCCGCCGUGGUGCUUCCCGUCAUGCUGCUGCUCUGCGCCCUGGCGCUGGGCGCCGCCAUCCUGGUCUUCAAACGCCGCGGGACCCCCAAGCGGCUGCUGCACUGCCAGCGCUCCCUGCUGGACAAGGUGUGAGGGGUGGGGCUCCCCGGCCCCGCCCACCUCCCCGGCUCCGCCCCCUGCCGGACAAGGUGUGGGCAGCGGGGUGCCCCUGGCUCCUCCCCGGCUCCGCCCCCCUGCUGCACUGCCAGCGCUCCCUGCUGGACAAGGUGUGAGGGGUGGGGCUCCCCGGCCCCGCCCACCUCCCCGGCUCUGCCCCCCUGCUGCACUGCCAGCGCUCCCUGCUGGACAAGGGGUGAGGGGUGGGGCUCCCCGGCCCCGCCCACCUCCCAGGCUCCGCCCCCCUGCUGCACUGCCAGCACUCCCUGCAGGACAAGGUGUGAGAGGCGGGGCUUCUCUCUGGCUCCUCCCCUUAAGCUCCUCCCCUUCCUCGCUGGACAAGAUGUGAAGGGUGGGGGCUUCCCCUUGGCUCCUCCCCCUUUCUGACAUUCCUCCCCCCCCCACUGAAGCGUGCUGAGCGCGCUCAGUAGCCGGCAGGGUGACCCCCCCCCCCCUCCCCUUGUGUAACCAUGUGUCCUUUGACCUCCUGGGGAAAGAGCAAAGUUCAGGCCCGUCAGCUUCCCCUAUGACCUCUCAACUUUCACCUCACCACAGGGGAAGCCAAUGGGAGACUGCACUGUGAUUGCCUCCCCUGAGGUCAUGCCGGCUCCUCCCCCCAGCCUUGGGCACAUGAGCUAGCCAAUCAGCUUGGCUCUAUUUCCCCUAUUUGCCAAGCUGGGUUGGGCUGAAUUUCCCAUUGGUCUGUGUACAAAGGGGGGGCGGGGCCAUCUGUGGAACAGAGGCCCCUGGUUGGCCCUCAGGUACUUUAGACAGGGCCUUGGGAACCCAGGGGUGGAGCCACAGAGAGGGGGCGGGGCCACAAGACCCACGGGGGUGGAGCUAUUAAAAGAGGGACGGCAUUUGGCUGAAGGGGGCAGGGCUUUAGUAUUAAAUGGCCAGGUCUAUGCAGAUAGGGGCUUUGCAUUCCAGUGGGUGGGGCUAUGCAGAUGACGGUUGCCACGCAGUCCAAUGGGCAGAGCUAGGGCAUAUAGAGGUCAAAACAAGGGCUUUCUAAUGGGCGGGGCUAUGCAGAUGAGGGAGAGGGCUAAGGCCAGAGCAGCAGGAGCAGGGGAUGAUGGGAAAACAGGCAGGGUGCUCAGGGGUAGCGUGAUGCACUUGGGGGCAGAGCCAAAGGAAGGGGGCACGGCCUUACCUUGCCCCCACUUUCAUUGCAGGGCCCCAAGCAGGAUGGCAGGGAAUCUUGCCCCCUCCCCAUCCUGAGUAAUAGGGGACCCAGCCCUGUAGGGGUCACCCAGGAAUUAGCAGCCCCCCCACCUCCCAGAAUCUGCCUAGGAAAGAGGGUUGGGGGGAUAGUGGGUCCCUGUGAGGGGGUCGUGGUGUGGGGGGGCAGGGAGCAUGGCUGGAUCCAGUUUGGGAUGAAUGGGGCAGAUGGGGGGGCUGGUUAGGGGGUGCACUGUGGGCCCAGUUUGGGGGUGAAUGGGCUGGUUCAGUGGAGCAAAGGUCAGGUUUAGGGGUCCCCUCCUCUCCAGUUUUGGUGGGUGUGGGGUCUUAUUGGGGGAUUUUUUUUAAUGUAUAAUUUUUGUAAUAAAAAAACCUUAAUUAUUCUAUGGAACAAAAGAAUUAACUAAAAUCAGUGUGCUGGGGGGGAGGGGGUGGGGGUGUCAGGGCCCAGGGGGUGACGCCCCUCAAUUCCCGCAGGCCGGGACGAGGGGCCAGUUUCACCCUGCACCCACUUCGGAGGGAUUUUCACCUGGGUGUUUUGAAACCGGUGGAUUAAAGUGCUUUUUGGGGGAGGGUCUCUCGGUAUUUUUCAAUGUAUUAUUAUUGUUAAUUAAUUAAUAUUAUUUUGCUAUGGAGUCAACGGGGCCGAGGGUUUUAGCAGUUAGCGCUUGGGGAAUGUACGUGCCAUGAACACGUCUGCAGACAUUUCUCUUUGUAAUAAACCCCCGUUUCUGCGGAUUCAUUAUCAUUUUGCUCUUAAUACCCACCACCGCUGUCCAGGGCAAUUGUAGAAACCGGGCCGCUAAUUCCUGGCAAGUGCGGCGGUUACUUAAAUGGCAGGAAGAACCCAGGGCAAUUUGACUGAAAUCCCAGGAACUGGGGUUGUCUCCACUUUCCGGGCUGGUGGAUUAGCAAUUUUCCCUAUUUUGAAACCUCCAGCGUCGAGGGAAAUUGAAUGAAAGCGGCAGCUAGUUUGCAGAGGCCUCUAUGAGCAAUUAAUCAUUAAGGGCCGUUAUUAAAAUCCCCAGGACAUUUUAAAAAGGGACCAAGAGCCUGGGGCACCUUGUAGCCUAACAGACGUAUUCACCCACGAGAGCUCCCGCUCCAAUUCGUCUGUUAGUCUAUGAGGUGCCCCAGGACUCCGGGUCGCCUUUUCCAGCUCCAGACUAACAUGGCUCCCGCUGAUACUUCAGUCCAUGUAACUAUCUUCAGCAGGGAACUGGAAUUAACUAAUCAACCCCCCACUCGCUGCAGCCAACAGGCUGGUCUGACUGUUAAAAACGUCCUGGGAAGUUCUGAGCGUUUGUGGUGGCUCUGAAGAAUCAAUGUCCGUCCUAUCGCGCGGGGCCUCUCGCUCCUCUUUCCAGGCGGGUGGGUUGAUGAAACGCAGCACUGGGCGCAUUUCAGAAACAAGCCGUGUUUGAAUGGCUAAAUUAACAGGGAGGUUCAGAUCCCAACCUCGCUGCUCGAGAGAGAGACCCAUCCUGCCUUCCUGCUCCUCUUUAGCAUGUGCUGCAUUUUCCUUGAGACAUUUCUUAUUAAUUGCAAAUUCCUAAUAAGAAAGCCAACAUUUCCUGGGGGGAUGUGGACUACAAACGUGGUAGGAAAAGGCCCAGUUUUAUUCUCGCUUUGAGGACAAUGAAUCUGAAUAAAUGGUACGUCCAAUUACCCAGAAAUUCAUCUGGUUUUGGUGUGAUCUAGCCAGGGCCAAGGUGGAAACAAAGCGCAAGGGAUUUGCUGCUUCGAUUGUCCAGAGAUUUCAGAAUUAUUCAGUCCCAACUGGCAAUGAAAACCCCGUGGAAGUGUCACACGCAGCCGGAUUUCUACACAAUGUUGUGGUUUUAUGUUAUGAUCUUCCUUGACUUACAUCAGCGUUUUCCUGGGCACUGAAUUACGACAUUGCAGUUCUUCCUCCUCUUUCACUGUUAGAAACAAACAAACCCAACUUCGGGAAGAACUGGAUACGCUGGGGGAUUCUCAGUGCGUCCUUCCAGGAUCUCUCGCCUCGUAACACAAACCCGGCCCUGGGACGCCUGGAAACAUUUCAAGGGUCUCGUGUUUUCAAGUUGUUUAUUUCAUUUGAAGGGGUUUUUUUUGCUUCAUGUUGUUGACAAACGUCUUUGGAGAAGAAAAUUAGCCAAAAAGGGGGGUUUGGGGACAAUUUGCGAGGAACGCUUUGGGGUUAAGAAAAAUCAAAAUGAAUAAAAAUUCCUUUUUUUUGCAAAUGAA